AUGGGCAAGAAAAGAGUCCUCUGUAGCUACGGCGUCGAUCUGGAUGCAGUGUCAGGCUGGCUAGGCUCAUACGGGGGCGAAGACUCAGAAAAUGACAUCAGUAGAGGAAUAUUUGCAGGAACUAUCGGUGUCCAACGACUACUCCGAGUGUUUGAAAAAUAUAACAUCAAAACAACCUGGUUUAUACCCGGGCAUUCCCUCGAGACCUUCCCGGAGCAAUGCGCUCAAGUACGCGACGCCGGCCACGAGAUCGGGUUGCAUGGCUACUCGCAUGAAAACCCAGUCAAUAUGUCACCACAACAACAGCGCGAUGUCUUAGACAAGACGUACAAGAUGCUAACCAGCUUUUGCGGCGGGAAACAGCCACGCGGAUACGUGGCGCCCUGGUGGGAGGUCAACCAGGAAAUGGUCCAGCUACUUCUUAAUUACGGGAUCAAGUACGACCACAGCCUGAGUCACCAUGACUGCCAGGCGUAUCGGGUUCGGGCGGGGGAUCAAUGGACCAAGAUCGAUUACUCGCAGCCCGCCAAGGAGUGGAUGAAGCCGCUCGUCUGGGGCACGGAAAGUGAGCUCGUUGAGAUCCCGGCAUCGUGGUAUCUUGACGAUAUGGUCCCGUUGAUGUUUAUCAAGGGCUCUGCUAAUAGCCACGGAUGGGUGAAUCCGCGGGAUGUUGAGGACCUUUGGAAGGUUUGGAUAUAUGUGCUCUUAGGGAUGGAGAAGCGUAACCUGGCUGACUAG